AUUCUGGCUGUCACGUGCAAGGUGAACUGAAAAGGAAACAGACUGGAGCACACAGUAGCACCUGAUCAAGGAUGCAGCAAGGGACAUGAAGAAGAGGGAAUACAUUUAAAAGCUCAGCAUGCAGAAAAAAGAAGUCUCCCCACACGGUUUCCUGCCCAGCUUCCAACAUUUCGCCACGCAGGCCAUCCACGUGGGCCAGGAACCAGAGCAAUGGACCUCCAGGGCUGUAGUGCCUCCCAUCUCACUGUCCACCACAUUCAAGCAAGGGGCUCCGGGCCGGCACUCGGGUUUUGAGUAUAGCCGUUCUGGAAACCCCACCAGGAAUUGCUUGGAAAAAGCAGUGGCAGCUCUGGAUGGGGCUAAAUACAGUUUGGCCUUUGCUUCAGGUUUAGCUGCCACUAUGACUAUUACCCAUCUCUUAAAAGCGGGAGACCAAAUUAUUUGUAUGGAUGAUGUGUAUGGAGGUACAAACAGGUACUUCAGGCAGGUGGCAGCUGAAUUUGGAUUAAAGAUUUCUUUUGUUGAUUGUUCCAAAACUAAAUUGCUAGACGCAGCCAUUACACCAGAAACCAAGCUUGUUUGGAUUGAAACUCCCACGAACCCUAACUUGAAGAUAGUUGAUAUUGCAGCCUGUGCAAAUACUGUCCAUAAACGUGGAGACAUUAUUCUGGUCGUGGAUAAUACUUUCAUGUCGGCAUAUUUCCAGCGGCCUUUGGCUUUGGGAGCUGAUAUUUGUAUGUAUUCAGGAACAAAAUAUAUGAAUGGCCACAGUGAUGUUGUAAUGGGCUUUGUGUCUCUUACUUCUGAGACCCUCCAUAGUAGGCUCCGUUUCUUGCAAAAUUCUAUUGGAGCAGUUCCGUCUCCUUUUGACUGUUACCUCUUCAAUCGAGGUCUGAAGACUCUACAAAUCCGAAUGCAGAAGCAUUUUGAAAAUGGAAUGGCAGUUGCUCAGUUUCUGGAAUCAAAUCCUCUGGUAGAAAAGGUUGUUUUUCCUGGACUGCCCUCUCAUCCUCAGCAUGAGUUGGCAAAGCGCCAGUGCACUGGGUGCCCGGGGAUGGUCACCUUUUACAUUAAGGGCACUCUUCAGCAUGCUGAGACUUUCCUCAAGAACCUGAAGUUAUUUACUCUGGCUGAGAGCUUGGGAGGAUACGAGAGUCUUGCUGAGCUUCCGGCAAUCAUGACCCAUGCAUCAGUGCCUAAGAGCCAGAGAGAUGCCCUUGGGAUUAGUGACACACUGAUUCGACUCUCUGUGGGCUUAGAGGAUAAAGAAGACCUAAUAGAAGAUAUAGAUCAAGCUUUGAAGGCAGCACACCGUCCAAAUGCAAAUUGAACCUAAUAUUUCAGCAAUGCUGUUAGAAGUUGCUUCGUGAGAGAACAAAUCUUUUGAAUAACUGAAUGGACUAUUAAUGAACAUUUGCAGAAUUUUCAAGUGAAAAUUCUCAUCAGUAAUUUUCACAACUGUAACCUUCCAGGAAUCCUCCCUGUGGAAAACAGUUUUCUCUUUCCCAUUGUCAUUGACAGGUGAAUUCUGUUAAUAUCUUCUAUGUUAAUUUUGGUAGACAUUGGCCUCUGAAGGAGGUGAGACUUGUGUUGCUUUUUGGGAUUGUGUUCUUUUUUUCAUCAUGUAAGAUUUAUAUUGAUCAUGUUUACAAUAUAAUGGUAAUUCAUUUUUGAUGUUUUCUGAAGAAUUUAAAUUAAAUGAAUAUUUUUAAAGCAAGAGUGAUUUUUGUAUAUUGAAUAUUUUUUAAGCAAGAGUGAUUUUUGUAUAUUGAAAACAGCGCUCAAAGCAAUGGUUUACACUUAAUUACCACAUGCCCAAAGUCAAAUAUUUGGAAAGUCUACUGUGAAAUUCUAUUGAUUUAAGGUUGUAUUUACUAUUUUUU